GAACCCUCAAGACGAACAGAAACAGACAGACACUUUAAAAAAAAAGACAUCUCCUCAUACACGUCACCGGCCAGUCCUGUCUUUACCAUUCCGAUUAGAUUAUUUUAUUUCUUUCUCCAUUGAAUUUAAAAAAAAUAAAAUCGAAGCUUUCUUCUUCCUUACGAGUUACGAUACUCCGUUAAUCCAAUUCAUCCUUUUAUAUUCCUUGGUUCGAUAAACCCUCAUUCGAUUCAAAUUUUUCUCAAUUUGAUUGCUAAAAGACCCAAUUGAACUUUCAUUUUAAAAAAAAAACAUAAAGUUUGUGUUUUUGAUUUCUCCGAUGAUGAUUUAUUACGUCAUCUUCCUUGUUGUUUCCUUGUUCGCCUCCGCGUUUUCCGAUGAACUUUCCGACCCGUCGUCGAUUCUCAAGUAUCCGUCGGAGGAGACCAAGAGAGUCGACGGAGACGAGGUCAAUUUGCAUUGCACGAGCUGGAGAUUCGCGGCGGAGACCAACAACCUCGCCCCGUGGAGCACGAUUCCGGCGGAGUGCGCUGACUACGUCAAGGACUACGUGCUGGGUAAAGGGUACGUCGCCGAUCUCGAGAGAGUCUCCGAAGAGGCUUCCGUCUUCGCGAGCACCGUCGAUUUCUCCGCCGGCGACGGCAAAGACGCUUGGGUUUUCGACAUCGACGAGACUCUCUUGUCCAAUCUUCCGUACUACAUCGACCAUGGCUUUGGGCUUGAGGUGUUUGAUCACUCAGAGUUCGACAAGUGGGUUGAGAGAGGAGUGGCACCAGCCAUAGCACCAAGCUUGAAGCUUUACCAAAGAGUUAUUGAUUUGGGGUACAGAGUUUUCUUGCUUACCGGGAGGAAAGAGAGUCACAGGCUUGUCACUGUUGAGAAUCUCAUCAAUGCCGGUUUCCAGAACUGGGACAAGCUCAUUCUCAGAUCUCCAGAUGAACAGCACAAGAUGGCGACGCUGUACAAAUCUGAGAAGAGGGAUGAGAUGGUGAAAGAGGGAUAUAGGAUUCGAGGCAAUUCAGGUGACCAAUGGAGUGAUCUGUUGGGUUCCUCCAUGUCUCAACGAUCUUUCAAACUUGCAAAUCCAAUGUACUAUAUCCCUUGAAGAGUGACGAGUGUGAAGACACAGGGAGCUUUAUUCAAUAAUAUUUUCUAAAUUGUAUAGACUUGCUUACUUACUUACCAGAGGGUAAUCAAAGUUUCAUGAUUGCCUCCGCUUGUAAUUUGUCAGCUAUUAUAUGUACUACUACUAAUAACACAGUAAAACUUGUUUCGGGGAAAAGAAAAUAAAUAUAGAGCUGACAGUAAUAUUACUUUCA